AUACUCACAUGUUUUUUCUAGAUUAAUCCUGCAUCGUGCCUACGUAAGGGUAGGUAUAUGUAAUGUAAAUAGUACGGACAUAAGGUUCAGUAGGAUGUAAAGUACAUAACAUCAAUAAGAAUGGUUCGACGCUACCUUGAUUCUUACCGGAGUGCCGGAAACACACUUCUUCAACACUACCUACACAACUUACACAACCCAUUCCAUAUUUCUCUUCAUUCCUACCCGUCUGCUCAGACAAGCUCAACAGAGACACGUCCAUCCAUCUGUACAGAAACUCAUUCGUAACUUCAUAUAAUAGGACGAACUAGUUCCCUAACAACGACACUUGUAUUAUAAGCCGGUUUACCUACCUCGAAACAUGUCUGUGCAGAGCCUCAUCGAGGCUUUAAGCUUCCCUUACCAUGAACCUCGGCACGGUUUCUGGGGUGAGAAAACGUCCACUUUGAACUUCUGUGAGGAGGACUACGUUAUGAGUUACUAUUGUGCCGAAGUCUGCAAUACCCUCACCAAUGCUCUCUUCGUGUGGCUAGGCCUCAAGGGCAUCCGAGGGUGCAUCAAAUAUUCACACCCUCUGAUUUUCGUUGUCACUUUUGCUGGAUAUAUCGUGGUCGGCCUAGGGUCUACCUUUUUCCACGCUACUCUUAAGUAUCCUAUGCAACUGGUGGACGAACUUGCCAUGAUUUAUACGACUUGUUUCAUGUGCUUCGCUACGUUUACAUACGGCAGAUCUAUUCACUUUUCCUCUCUCCUUGGCGCCGGCCUUCUCUGGCUUUCAUGGUUUAUAACUACAAGAUAUUAUAAAACCAAGGAUCCUCAGUUCCACCAAGACGCCUAUGCGGUAUUGACCGCCACGGUGGUCUUCUCUAACAUGUGGAUUAUGGAGCGAACACUCCGGCCGGCCCUAAAGGCGAGAGAAGAAAGCAGAAAACGAGAGGCUCGCGCUCCGAGGUUGCCGACAACCAAUGAGAUGAUAAGACAGAUGUGGGUCUUAGUUGCGACAGGGCUCAGCGUAUUCCUCGGCGGUUAUCUUAUCUGGAACUUGGACAACAUGUACUGCAAUACGAUUCGUAAAUGGCGGCAUCAACUCCAGCUUCCCUGGGCAGUCGUCCUUGAAGGUCAUUCUUGGUGGCAUCUGAUGACUGGAAUAGGUGCAUACUUCUACAUCGUUUGGCGCAUUUGGAUCCACCGCUGUUUAGACGGCGACGAGGAUAAAUUUCAACUUGUCUGGCCCUCGAUCUUCCGGAUGCCAGAAGUAGUCGCCCUAGAGGACAUAACGGAUAAGAAAAAGCAAUAGAAAGCGCGCCAACCCUGCUGGACGAUCAGAGUACCUAGUACUCUUGCACGUACUCUUGCACACGCCCACCCGAGAACUCACUAUACUCCACAUAUGCUACUUAGCGAUAGACGGUAACGAUAGAUGACAGCGAUAGAUGGUAGCGAUAUCUGAUGUGAUUACAAGCGUACUCGAAUAGAGGUUAGACGACAUAUUCAUUCGGCGUUUACGGACAUUAGAGGCAGCACAUUGAGCGUUGAGUUUUGAUGACUUACAAAGUAUACACGAACGUCUACUUUAGGGUAUACUCUAAAGCCUGUCUAUAUGGAGCUUGAAAGCUCCAGGCUAGGCUAGAACCCUAAUAGAAUAAAUGGAAUAAGUUAAGUCAAUUCUAUUGGAUUGUAACUGUUACAUUGUGAU